GGGCUAACAGGUAGAAUUUCGUUUCUCCCUGUCUUUGGCCAACACUCUAGUACAGUAGGUGGCGGUAAUGCAGCAUAACGUUGGAUGACAACCGCCGAUAAACCCCACCGAAGAAGAAGAAGAAGAAGCCCAAAUUGAUAACAAACCCGCUGCUGAUCGGAUGGAAUAUCUUUGAUUUCACAGUAGUACACACUGAUGUUUGCCAAUAAUGAACAAAUAAGGGUGGUUGAUGACUAACCCAUGAGAUCUUUCAGUGAUCACAGGGUCACUCAACUCUGUGAGACCUUCAACAGACAUAAUCCAUCCACACACAAACCAACAUGAUCUCCGAGCAGGCCAGCACCCUGCCGGCAUUCAAGGGCCCCGGCGACCCCAGUCCGGGCUACUUCUCCUGGGGCCUUCGCUUCCAGGUCAUCGGCCUGGGCUUUGCCUUCUACACGGCCGUGUUCCUCCUCUCCCACCUGGUGUCCAUGGCUCUCUCCCAGACCUACCGCUCUCUGCUGGCUAAGGAGAAGGUGUUCUGGAACCUGGCGACCACACGGGCCGCGUUUGGACUCCAGAGCACGGUGGCGGGCCUACGGGCGCUGACCGAGGAGUCGGCCGUGUCCAGGGACAGGGUCAGAGGUCAGGAAGACUGGUCUUGGUUCACUGUGCUCACAGCCACAGGCUUCUUUCUGUUUGAGAAUGUGGCGCUGCAUGCCUCCAGUGUGGUGUUCAGGGCUUUCGACCUUCCCCUGGCCGCCCAUCAUUUCUUUGCCCUGUCAGGGUUUGCUGGGGCGGUGGUCUGGGACUCACUAGGACAUUACCUGCCCAUGGUCACUCUGCUGCUGGAGAUGAGCACACCCUUCACCUGCAUCUCCUGGAUGUUACUAAAGGCAGGCUGGGCGAGGACGCUAUUCUGGAAGGCCAACCAGUGGGUGAUGAUCCACAUGUUCCACUGCCGCAUGGUGCUCACGUACUACAUGUGGUGGGUGAGCUGGAGCCACUGGGGGGAGAUGAACAUGUACGUGGCUCUGCCCCAGCGCAUCCUCUUCUACACUGGCCUGGCCCUGCUCACAGUGAUCAUCAACCCCAUCUGGACGCACAAGAAGACCAUGCAGCUCCUCAACCCUGUCGACUGGAACUUCAGCAACAAGCCGCCGCCCAAUGGCCCCAGUGGGGAGCAGAAGGAGAAAACUCAUGAGAGAUAAACAAGCUAAGAACUGUGAACCUGUUUGGAGAGUUAUGGGGCUCUUUUACUAUGCUUGUAAAGGAGAGGAAGGGUGAUUAAUUUCUCACAAACUCUUUAGCUUUUAGUGCUUGAGAUGUUUUGAAGAUUUCAAGUUGAACUAAACUACUGUUUUUGAAAGGUUUUCAGUACAGGUUUUAGGUCUGCUGUGUCUCUACAAGAUGUGGAUGAAAGGGCUUCUUGCUCUUGGACUUUAGAACCUAGCUGGGUUCUGAAAGGAGAUGUCACUGACGACAAGAAAUCAUCUCAGAGUAUUAUUGUCUUUGCUUGACUUUGGUUAUAAUUUGCUGUUUUGAUUAGUGUUGUUUUAUUGCGAAGGAGUGCAGAUGAGAAAGGUAUAUUAUUGUUCUGUUUACUUUGUUCAGCUUCCAGCAUGAAGGUGUGAAUGUGUUAGUUAACCUCUCUGGAAUGGGGUGUUGCCUGGUUUGAAGUGGCCUGAGGCACCAGUGGUAUUUGCACUUACAGGCACAGUGUGUGGUCACUCAACCACUGUGCUGAGUACAGAUAGGUCCAUGAGGCAGCAGAUUUACUGGUUGAGAACAAACACAGUGACAGACUGGAGACUGGGUCAUUGGUUCUGGCAGAUCACACGUCAUUGGAAGGAAAGCAACUUUGUUCUGUAUCAUACAAAAUGCUUCCUGACUUGCUUGAGAUUAGACUGUAAUGUGUGCCGGUAGAGUUGCAUGCUCUAAUUGAAUCUUUAUCAAUUCAUCUCAUCUUGUAGAAAUGGUUCCUGUGCUCUGUGGCUGUCAGUGUAGUAUCUUUGAAAGUGGGGUUGACUUGACGCACGUAGACUGUAAUACUAAGACAGUGGAUGGAUGCUAAGGGAGCUACCAGAAGCAUUACUGUUUUCAAAGGAGCAACUGUAGGGAGUAGACUAAUAACAAGCACCACCGUGCAGGCCAAACAGACAGUCAUGUUGCUUCCCUUUGUAACGUAACUAGUCUCUACCACUGAUCUGCCUGGAAAUGAAGUUAGGGGUUAAUACUUUAUGGGUAAUCUCUUUAGUCUCCUUUAUGUUACCUAUCUCAUUGGACCUUCUGUAUGCCUGCAAAUUAGUUUCAGUGGACAAUUAAAUCAGGUUGAGUCAUGUGAGACGGAGUGAGUGAGUUUGAACCCUUAUCCUGGUCAUUUGUGUACAAAUAUGUAUUUCAUGAAUAUUCUUAUGGAAAACUCAGUCCUGCAGUCUAGCAUUGAGUUCUUUGUAGUCAACUCACCCACAUUGAGCUGCUUCCAGAACGCCCUACUUGUAUCUCACAAAGGCUCUUUUGUGUAAAAAUGUAUUUAUUUUUUUUACAAAUCGGUAUUACGUUAGUCACAGAUCCUAGAACUAGGUUAUAAAUGAUAAAGUAUAAUAAGUAAUUCACAUGGGAAAACCUCAACAACAUCCAUGACAGUAUUUUAAGUCUUAAUAGCUGACGUCAGAGACUCAGACGGCCAAGACGGUAAAGCCCACACUGAGAAAAAGGGGCCAUAGGUAUUUAUUUUAUAUAUUUUUUUAACCAAAAAUUAUUCAAACUGAUGCAGGACUGAGGGCCUUUAUUAAAAUCAUAAUUAACCUUAACUUUACUAGUUUGACUAAUAUUUUGAAUUCAGGAUUUAUUAUUCCCGUUAUGAAUUAAGCCUUGUUGUUCGUUCAAAACGUUUGACAGUGGUACUCAUGACACCAUGGUGAUAUGUGACAUUGGUCCUUAAUGGGAAGAUGACUACUUAUCAAGGGUGACAAGUCAUUGUGGCACAGUUCCAUUUGUUUCACUAGUUCUUUCCUCUAGGUCCUAGCCUAUGACCUAGACCUUCGGUGUUCUUUAUGGUUUCUAGACCUGAUGCAAAUAUGUAUGUUAUGUUUAUCCACCCAAUUCUUUUCAACUUCAAUUUAAACUAUUAAAACUUUUCUGAACUAAAA